AGUUAUUGCAAUACCGCAGUGUGAACGAAACGAAAGUGCUUGUGAUGAGCUAAGACGAAUAAAAAAGUGUCGAUAGGUCAAAAUUCUGCAGAAAUUAGCCAGAUUCUUCAGGUAUCUACAAAUAAAAUAAAUAACCACCCUCGCAUGUGAGGGUACUAUGUGGUGGUGCUGUUCUUCUUCCGCUAGUUCAGGACCGAUGGCUGCAAUACGCAAGAAAUUAGUGAUCGUAGGUGACGGUGCGUGCGGUAAAACAUGCCUACUAAUCGUGUUCAGUAAAGAUCAGUUCCCGGAAGUGUAUGUGCCGACCGUGUUCGAAAAUUACGUCGCCGACAUCGAGGUGGACGGCAAACAGGUGGAGCUGGCGCUGUGGGAUACCGCCGGCCAGGAGGACUACGACCGGCUGCGGCCGCUGUCCUACCCCGACACGGACGUGAUACUCAUGUGCUUCUCCGUGGACUCGCCCGACUCGCUGGAGAACAUCCCGGAGAAGUGGACGCCCGAGGUGAAGCACUUCUGUCCGAACGUGCCCAUCAUCCUGGUGGGCAACAAGAAGGACCUCCGCAACGACCCGGCCACCAUCAACGAGCUCCGCAAAAUGAAGCAGGAGCCGGUGAAGCCGCAGGAGGGCCGUGCGAUGGCGGAGAAGAUCAAUGCCUUCGCCUACCUCGAGUGCUCCGCCAAGAGCAAGGAGGGAGUCCGCGAGGUGUUCGAAACGGCCACCCGCGCCGCGUUACAGGUCAAGAAGAAGAAGAAGACUAGGUGUUCUCUUCUGUAAUUGUGCCGUUGUCGGAAGAACUCUGAUUUAUGAAUCGUUCGCAUACUGCCUGAUGACUUACGUUUGAAACGACUCGAACUCUGCAGUGGCGACGUCGGCCACACAGUGCUUCCUUCCGAUACUGACAGCUGACAGCGAGUCGCCUGCACGCACACCCACUCAGUAUUCGUGUGGCUAUACUUUCACGAUUGGUACUUGUUUAUAUUUUAUAGAUUAUCUAUAAAGAGUAAGUGUAUUGCCUUAACAGAUUGUAGUCGGGGCGAGGUGGACGCCUCUGGGGUCCGUGGGAAUUUUCGUGCUAUUCUAUCAUGUUAUACAAUUUCAAGUAGCAUUUCUUCAGCGUAUAGAACCUCGUCCGAUGUCUCAGAGAGACUAUUAUUUAGUUUGAUAUUUUGUAUUUUAAUUUUUUCAAUAAAAUAGUGAUGUAUAAAUUG